CCCUAAAACGUUCUGGUGCCAGAACACAUGCAGAAUCAGAGGUUCCGUCGUGAAAGUAGAGGUCACGUAUGUGUCAUUACUAACAGAUAGCAUACUUAGUGUUGACUGAUGAACAGGUCCUUGCAAACGGUUUUACUGACUUCAACUGAACAACAGCUGGCUGUGAGUGUCUAGAAAGGGUCUCUUCAAAGAUCAGCACAGUUCCAUGCUGGUUGCAACUGCGUUCGCCGGUCAGUCUGCGCGGGGACCCGGGGGGCUUCUUGGCUGAGAACAGGAGACAAGCGAGGGAACAUGGUUCACGCUGCGGCUAUGGCCCAGGGAAAGAAGAGACCAGCUGUCCCUCCUCCCGACGGGGGCUGGGGCUGGAUGAUCGUGGCUGGCUGCUUCAUGGUCACCGUCUGUACACGUGCCGUCACUAGCCUCUUCUGUUUUAUUGUGUUACGGGAAAAACAAGUUCAGUCAGGUGAAGAGCUGUUGGGUGCAUCUCGAUCUUCUUUGUGGAGUUCCAGAUGCAUUUCGGACGGGACUACUCCGGGACAGCAUGGAUCCACAGUUUGGUGGACUGUACAACUAUGCUGUGUGCUCCUCUGGGCAGUUUCAUUGGGAACCGUCUGUCGUGUCGCGUCGCCGUCAUCCUGGGAGGCUUCCUGUCUUCCAUCGGCCUGGUCCUCAGCUCCUUCGCCACCAGCCUGGAGUACCUCUACCUCACCCUCGGGGUUCUCACAGGUGUUGGAUUUGCUCUCUGUUACACCCCUGCCAUAGCCAUGGUGGGCUCGUAUUUCUGUGAGAGGAAAGCCAUGGCGUACGGGAUCGCCAUGUCAGGCAGUGGCAUUGGGACCUUCAUCCUGGCCCCUGUAGUCCAGCUGCUUAUAGAGCAGUACUCCUGGCGCGGGGCUUUGCUCAUCCUGGGGGGCGUGGUCUCAAACCUGUGUGUCUGUGGGGCCCUACUGCGCCCCAUCACGCUCACAGAGGAGGAGGAAGCCGGCGGUUUGGCGCCGUUGGACAGCGAAUGUGGAUACGGGGUCAAAAGUCAGGCGACGAGCACGUUAGAGGAACCGCUGCCGAUCAGCGGCCAGGGCCGACGCUGCUUCCAGUCCAUGCGGGAGUACCGCUUCCUCCUCAUGCCCGACUUCUUGAUGCUUGCUGUGAGCUUCUUGUUCCUAGCCAGCGGCUGCAGCCUGCCCUUCGUCUACCUGGUGCCCUACGCGCUUGACGUGGGCGUCAGCCACCACCAGGCUGCCUUCCUCAUGUCCAUCCUGGGGGUCAUCGACAUUGUGGGGAACAUCACCUUCGGGUGGCUGGUAGACAGGAGGUACCUGAAGAAAUAUCGUAAUGUCUGCUACAUGAUUGCGGUGGGCAUGGAGGGCCUGUGCUGCCUCUUCAUCCCUCUCCUGCGAACGUUCGCCCUGCUAGUGCCCUUUUCUGUGCUAUAUGGGUACUUUGAUGGCGCUUAUGUGGCCCUCAUACCUGUGGUGACCUCUGACAUUGUGGGGACGACUAACCUCUCCUCCGCUCUGGGGAUCGUGUAUUUCCUACAUGCCAUUCCCUACCUGCUCAGCCCCCCAAUAGGAGGCUGGCUGGUUGACACCACAGGAACCUACACAGCCACGUUCUUCCUCAGUGGCUUCGCUCUCAUCUCCAGCUCCCUGGUCAUCAGCACGGUGACAGGGAUACGCCACUGUCGCAGAACGCAGAAGCACAGACAAAACAAUAAAGACACAGGUCCUAAACAGGAGACUUGCCAGACUUCUACACAGCCUCAAGUGAAGAGGUGAACACUUCAGUGAACACAGUUAAUAGUUGGCAUUGGACAAAUGUGCAGUUUUGAAUUUUUGUUUUGUUGGAAUACCAAAGAACACUGGAGAUGAUGUGUAAUAAUGAUAAUUUGGUAUAUCUAAUCUAGUGUACUGGGUCAGGAGUGGGGAUCACUUUAUAAUGCCAUUAUAAACUGUCAGUAAAUAGAAUGUAAAUAAUUGUGCUUGAAUCAGAUCAGCUUCAGCCAAACUAAGGACUUUUCCUUACUAUCACUCAUUAGCAAAUGUGAUGCUAUUGUACAUUUUAUGUGCCUUCAUAUUUCAGGGUUGCCAUGUCGCUCAACGAAAAUGUAUCUAAAGAAGUGGAUCAGUGUAAUUAUCAGUAAAGAUUCAGUCAGGGUGAUUGUACUAUAUGGACCGAAGAUGAUUGCCCAGGGGUACUGUAACACCAGACAGUGCCAGGAGAGGGCAGUUAUGAUCCAAAUGGAUUGGCUCCUUCGUGAUGGAAACUUACCUUGAAACUAUGUUGUACUGAGAAAAUUAUGUUUUAGCCUUAAGUUAUAAUUGUGGUGUUACACAUUUUUAUACCAAAUUCCUAUACAGUAAUUGAUGCUGUUAAAGACAGGGUUGCUGUAUAUACAGUAUGUAUACUAAAUCCAUAGUAAUUGUAUAGAAAACUGAUUAUUAAAUGUCCAUGUUAACGAAUAACAUGACACUACAGUUACACCAGAGGCCUGGGGGGGCAUUAUAUUGUUCUAUAUUAGAAUAAACCUUGUUGCCCCGGUCUGAGCUUGACAUUGAAGACAUUUGUAGUAUUGCAGUGUUGUAUUGUGGAGUCCAUCGUUAAUGCAUUUGGGUGAAAGGGGAGUCUUCCUGGCUUUCUUGGCAGUUCCACUGCAUUAGCACCUGUGUCUUUGAUCAUUUUCAUCUACACUGCAAUGGCCUGAAAACUGUAAUACCUUCAAGAACACUCAGAAUAACAUUAGGAAUUGUGAUGUUGUAAUAUUUUCUAAAUAAAAUGUUAUCAUGCAGUUUUCAAAAAACAAUGUUUAAAUAAUGCAUAUGGUACAUACAAAUGCAUUAAAUGCAUAGAAACCCAAAAACAGAAUCACUUGUGAAAAGCAAUCAUAUAUAUUUGAAUAAUAUAUACUGUAUGAGCCAUAGUACAAGAAAAAUGGUAUUGACUUAAUUAAUAGCAUUGUUUAUGUGUAUAUCGAUGAACACUAAAAUGUAUAUUCAUAUAAAUUUGGACACUCAUUUAGUAAGAAAGGAGUCGAUGGA